GGGGUUACGAGAGAUAUAUUCACGGUGCAGAAUACAUGGACACGCCAAACGAUCGUGACUACGCAGCAAUCCAACUGGUUCAUCAAGGGCGAUCUGGGAGGGACUCGUCAGUUUAUCGUGCUCGGAUUUGAAACGAGGGAAGAAGAGUAACGAUAAUCAGAAUUGCAGAAGUAUGGAGUCGUCAAGUGGUCCGUGGACCAUUGGACUGUUGAGCUUGAAUGUGAUAGGUUGUUCAUCAUGAUAACGAGUGCGACGGAGGGAUACCAAGGCGAGCAGCGGAGACUACACACCUGGACGAUGGCCCAUUCCCGCGAGGGCAGUGCGCGAACGCGCUGCGGAUGCCGAAAACGCGCGCAGACGGCGUCAGCAGGUGCUAGAAGCACAUGGCGGCCGAUGGCACCCAGGCAUGGCAAGGCUGUAUGUUGGAUAGCACGAGACGGUUCCAAGGAUACCUUCGAUGGACUGUCGCCAGUGGCCGUGGACGGCGUGCGCCGACCGCCGGAUGCGAGCAAGGACGACAAUGGGAUGGCCGAAGCCGUUGUUCGUCGCGCUUUGCCAGGGUCGAGCGACGAUGCCGUGAACCGCGCAGGCGACGAAGAAGAUAGGAAAUGUAACGUCAAAAGCGUGCGCUGAGGGAAAAGCG